AUGUCUUUUGGUUGCCGUCACAGUCCCGUCACGUCCCGGGCGCCUCGUGCGCCCCCUUCUGCGGUGCGUGGUGCGCUGCGCUCUGUGCCCGGUUGGUGCUGCUCUGCAGUCGUGUCGCCCCCGCAUCUGUCGACGUCCAUGCCGGACCAACUCGCAACCACCACACAACAGGAGGAGACGGGCGGGCGGCGGUGGAGCCCAAGGCGCGAUUCGCCGCUGCUUGGUCGCACAGCUACGUCCCGCCGGUCGAGUCGUCAGGCGCGCGGUGCUGGCGGCGCUGCUGCGAGCGGCGGACCGGCCCAGCGCCAGCUGACCACAGUCACCACACUCUCCCGCUGCCCUAGGCCGCCAGCUGGCACCCAACGGGGUGGGACAGCUCACCGAGCCGAGAUGUGGUACGGGUACGGCGUCAUCCUGGGUUGCGGCGGCCGUAUCAGCUUCGCCCACGGGUGGUUGCUCGGUUGCUGUCGUUCGCGGCAGGCGGCUAUAGGACGCCCGUCAGUACAUCAGUACGCAUGCAGGUGCCAGAGGGUCGAAAUGAAGGGCCCGCGGUGGCGCCCCAGAUGCAAUCAUCACUUACAGCAGAUGUCGUUACCCCUCCCGGACUUGCACUCACCAGUAUUGCUUGCUGACCACCGUGGGCGGACACCUCCUCUCUGUCUCGAUGUACUUGGAGCACCAUGA